GUCAGCGCCAAAAAGUGCACAGCUUCAGGACGACACGGCAUCCCGCGUUUCCACGUUCCAUAUACAUAUACAUAUAUGUAUAUGUACAUGUAUAUAUACACACGUUUCUACACGUUUCCAUACACGGCAACGCAGCCCGCAUCUUUUUUUUCUUCUCUCCUCCUCCUCCCUCCCUCCCCCACCUCCCCCAGUUUCGAAUUGUGAAUUUUCGAAUGCCCCCCGUGACGGUGACGGUGACGGCGACGGUGACGGACGGACGGGCUCCUCUUCCGUCGCGGGACCGAAUUUUCCUUCUUCUCCUCCUCUUUGCUCGCGGCGCGCUGUGACGGAAUUCGUUCGAUGUGCGCCGGUUGCUGCCCGCUCCGUACGAAGAUUAAAUUCGCACCGUGCAUUUGGAGUACGAUCACGGCUAUCGAAUAUCGGUUUCUUUUUGAAGUGAAGUGCCAGGGAUCGGUCGGACGAAUCCGGGAUCCGUUCGACCGUCGCCAUGCUCCAGACAUAGAGGACGAGAACGCAGAGCGGUGCAAUCGUAGAUGCGAUCGUGUUGUGCAGCGUCCCGAUCGUUGUGCAUCAUGCGAAGGGAUCCGCGAUCCUUUCCACGAGCGAGCGUAGACAAAUCCGGUGGAUCCGCUCCGACGAGGAUCAGUGGUGGCAGUAGCUCGUAGAUAGAGAAAGGGAGUGUUGGUCGAGCUCGAGUUCAGAUACUAUACGCGCACACACACACACAUAUAUAUAUAUAAAAUCGGGUGGAUUCCGAUCGGGUGGAUUUCUGGUGUGAAAGUGAAAGUGGAAAGGAAGAGGACAAUCUUGGGGAGAGAGAGAGAGAGAGAAAGAGAGAAAGAGAAAGAGAGAGAAUUGCAGACAGAAGAGGGGGGAGGCAUCGAGAUAAUUCUCGCGCACACAGAUGCGAACCGCGGACACUGAUGUGAAGCAGAGUCGUUCCGUUUGAGGGUGCCGGUUCUCGACUGGUUUGGGUCUAAGCUAGGCAGCUUAGACUUGGCUGGCAGCAGGAUGAUGUACUCACCGGACAAGAUGAUGGGGAGCAAGGGGCUCCACGGGGCACCGAUCACGGCCCCUGGCUGUUUCCCUUCGGGAAGGUACUCGCCGCCUCCUUAUCGCGCCGCACCGGACCCCAUGCCGCCACCGCCGCGACGCUGCAUGCCCAAUCCCACGAGUCGUAUACUGGAAGAUGCAUCCAUUAUGUGCAAUUCCUGGUCACCGAGGCACAACGGUGACUUGUUCGGGGGUCUGAACAGCGGCCUACAAGACGGCUUACUUUCGAGGGCGGAAGCUUUGGCGGCGGAUUUGGGAAAACACAACGCGGGCACCCCAAUGCCUUUGAAGCACGACCCCGUUUCGGUCUAUCAUCAUGGAGCCCACAUGCCGACCCCCCAUCCGAAUAACCGGCCGCAUCAUCAGGUACAUUCACACCUCUUUAUGAGCCAUCCGGGGAUGGAGAGUCUGGACAUGCUGGACCCGGCGAACUCGAUGACCACGUUGACGCCCAUGUCGGAGAACACGGGCGGCGGGCCGGGGCACCACACGGGCAUCCACGGCCCCUCCGUUUACGGCGGCAUGAACGGGAUGAUGGGCCACCACCACCAUCACGGGAACCUGGGCGGCGGGGGCGGCAGCGUGCCGCAUCCGGCGCACCACCAUCCGGCCAUGGCGGCGGCGGCUGCGGCCGCCGCCGCGGCCGGCCUCCACCCGGAUGCGGACACGGAUCCCAGAGAAUUGGAGGCGUUCGCCGAGAGGUUCAAGCAGAGGCGCAUCAAGCUGGGCGUGACGCAGGCGGACGUGGGCAAGGCGUUGGCGAACUUGAAGUUGCCCGGUGUCGGCGCGCUGUCCCAGUCGACGAUAUGCCGGUUCGAGUCCCUCACGUUGUCCCACAACAACAUGAUCGCGUUGAAGCCGAUCCUGCAAGCGUGGCUCGAGGAGGCGGAGGCGCAGGCGAAGAACAAGAGGCGGGACCCGGACGCGCCCUCCGUGUUGCCCGCGGGGGAGAAGAAGAGGAAGAGGACGAGUAUAGCGGCGCCCGAGAAACGGUCGCUGGAGGCGUACUUCGCUGUCCAGCCGCGGCCGUCCGGCGAGAAGAUCGCCGCGAUCGCGGAGAAACUCGACCUGAAGAAGAACGUGGUCAGGGUGUGGUUCUGCAACCAGCGGCAGAAGCAGAAGCGCAUGAAAUUCGCUGCCCAACAUUGACCCGAGGGUGGCUUGUGACAGCAAAACUGACCGUAUCAGUUGCCCAGUCUCGAGCCUAAACCAGAACCCUUGACCGAGUUCCAGGGGUGGCCGUAAAGGAGAGGAAGGGGAGACGGCAGCGGGGAUUCCGUGGAAAAAUCGAGACGUUUCUCGAUCUCGAGUCGAGGUCCCGCUGCUAAUCGAUGGCUGGCUCGACGCUGUGGCUCUAACCACACAAGUCAAACACUGUCACAGGCUUGAUAAAACCGUAUUCGAUAUCUCGCGAUCACUGCAAGCGCGCGCGAUGCUCUCGACGACGCGUAAUCUGCCGGCGGAUUUCUACACCGGUGACGAUGCCCGAUCGCUUGCCCGCUUUCGCGAACUCUUCCCUCUUUCUUCCCCGCUUCCUUCGCUCGUCCCACUCAUUCGAGAGGAAGUUGGACGCGAUUGGACGAGAUGCUCGACUUAUUAAAAUUUCUAGAGGUCUAUUUUUCGAGAGAGAGAGAGAGAGAGAGAGAGAAGUGUGCGAGGGGUGCGUGUUGCGUUUGAGAGAAGCGGCACGCUAUAUCGCGCGAGAAUAUCGCGUGAAAUGGCGUGAGAGGACCGUGACGUCAGGAAAGGCUGGAUCAAAUCAUCUGUAAAGUGAGAUAGAAUUUGCGAAACGUAUCGGCCACGAUCGAUGCGAUAAAAAAGUUUACGAGCGUAUCAUCCACCCUUGAACCAACCUCGUCUGGAAAUCGUCCUCGAUUUCGCGUAUCCUCCACCGAACUUUACUCGAAUUUGUCAUUUUUAUCAGAGUCUCUUUCCUCAAAUCCCCAUCUUCCGAUCUUUCGUAACGAAUCGAAUAAAAAAGUGUAUUAAAAUUUUCCAAAUACUUUAAAAAUGAGAUUGACCGCGAGUAAUUAGGAAAAAAAAAAAUCGAGGGAAAAAUCAUGUAAAUCGCGCCAAGUAAUCUCGUCGCGAACAAGUGGAAGAGGAUUUUUUUCGCGAAUGGAGGGAAGCGAUCGACCGCAGCGAAGUAACGAAUAUCGUCGAAUGCGUCUUGGAAAGUACAAUUCGAAACAUAAAAAUAUAAAAAAGUACGUAUUGUUAUAAUAAUCGACGCGUGGAUACGAUCGCGUCGAAGAAAAUAAAAGUGAUAUUAAUCCUAAUGAAGACACUCGGUGCAGUGUAAAAAAAAAAAAGUGAAAAGUUAGAGAGAGAGAGAGAGAGAGAGAGAGAGAGAAGCGUGCGUGUGAAAAGAGCAAGAGUGAAACGUACGCGAUAUACUCGAUCCCGGAACGAAUCUUUUGUCUAAUGUUACGUUGCCCUCGAAACAUUUAAUCAAACGUUUAACUCCCGAUAACAAAAUAGAGAGUGAAUUUCGAAGAAAGCUGAAUUCGAUGAAUUCUCGACAAAAUUCAACAUCGUGCUUUUAUUGGCAAAAGAAAAAAAAGGAAUAUAUUUGAACGUAUUCCCCACAAUUGUUGCACGCGCUUCGAUUCAAGGAGAAAAAUCAAGGAUUUUCCCAUUUUUCUUAUAAUCAUCGCGAACGUGCCGCGAACACCGUUCCAUUCCCAAACGUUGGAUUCCGUUCCGGUGGCGGUGUAUCGAUUAGCGAAAUGCGCGAGGCAAGGAUGAAAGAGCGAAAGGGAGUGAGGAAACCGAGAUGGGAAGAAGAAAAAAAAGGGGGAGGGGAGGGGGGAGGAAGUUGAGAGGAUGUAUUACGUAGUGAUAUUGGACAAUCAGUGAAAAGACUGUAUCAUAUCAUAUUGAAGCAAUACAGUAGUGUUAGUCGACGAAUUAACGAACUUUAUUUGUACUUUAUGCGAUCAACCGCGCCUCCUCGCUGACCGAAGGAAAGCCGGGCGAAAUUUCGAGAAAAAGGGGGGAAAUAAAAGAACAUUUCGGUUAACUUCAUCUCUUCUACGAAGUAAAGUAAAAAAAAAAAAAAAAUAAAUAAAUUUCGUGCAAUAUUUUCAAACGAUCGGAGAACAAACGGACGACUUCGCGUGGCAUCGGGAGUGCGGUUGAUCGCUCGAACGAAACACUCAGAAAUUGAUAUCUCUCGACUCUCGAGAAAAAGGUCGCUCUCUGUACAUUUUCACCAGCGCGGUGUGCGAUUAUAUUUUUGUUUCGAUUGAACGAUUUCGUUGUCCCCCCCUCGUCGUGACAACGGAACUCGUUUAAACGUGAAUUAAAAAAGAAAAAAAAAAGAAGAAGAAGAAUAAGUAAAUAAAUAAAUAGAGAGAGAGAGAGAGAAAGAGAGAGAGAGAGAGGGAGAGAGAGAGAAACGAAAUCCUCGUACAUACAACUGUGCAUGCCAGAGCCGAUCACCAGCCGGGAUCGUUCCGGUGACGUAUGAUCGAGGCUAGUGUGAAAAAAAAAAAAAGAAAAUAACCCCGGAUACAUGUGUGUGUAAUACAGGUGUGUGAUCGGGCUCGAAUAUCCGCGUGCAAUAUCGAGCAAUACCGCGAGGAUAUUCGCCUACUCGAACGACGUGAAGAGCGACGUGUCAUUACUAUUAGUUAAAAUGUAAGCGGAAGGAUGGUAGCCAUUUUUAAAUUGUACAUACGUAAGAGGAUAGGUAUUUUCUAGAAGAAUAAUAGUCUGUUGCCAUUCUACUAGGUGAUGGAGAGAACAAAAAGAAAAAAAAAAAAAGAUUCUAGUGCAAUAUAGAGUUUAAAGAUACAUUAUUACUAUUAUUAUUAUUAUUAUUAUUAUUAUUAUUAUUAUUAUUAUUAUCAUCAUCAUGAUUGAUUAUCAUUAUUACUAUCAUAUUCUCUAUUUAUUUUGUUAUUUCUAUGUCUAUCUCUGUCUAUUUCCGUUCGGCUCGAUUCGCGCCAUCAUUGUCGGGUUAUUGCAUCUCGAACGCAUCUCGAUUUGUCGUUUAAUUUUCUCUUUAUUCUUUUUCUUUUUACAUAAACGUUUCCUUUUUCUCUUUUUUACGUCGUAAAAAAAUUAUUUCCACGCGCGUGAAAGCGCGCGCGCGUAUGAGAUUCGCGCGAAACAGCUUUUCGAGGAAAAAAAGAAAAAAAGAGGGGAAAAAAAAAAAAAAAAAAAAAGAAGAAAAAGGGACCGAUUUAUCGCCCUCGGGAACAUAUUUCCAAUUCCAGGCGGACGAUCUCGCGCCGAUGUCCGUCGUAGCUAGUUUUUAUUCGCUCGUCUAUCGAUCCCCUGCCCUGUUUCCUUCGGAAAUUACAGUGUUUUUCCUGUACACGAUUCCUGGUGUACGAUUACCUGUGAUGCCUCGAGGUAUAUGAAUAUCAAUUUUUCGAUUCGUUUCGUAAUAAAUACGCGAAAAGGCCGGCGGGUAAACCUUCGAGUCAAGCCUUCGAGUCAAGUCGAAGCCUCGUUUCGACGUUUCGUCGAUCUUUCUCUUUCCAUUCGGUUCCCAUUGUGAAACGAAACGAAUGUGCGGGACACGCGAUGUGUGAUACCGAUAAAUCUGUAAGUAUAUAUAUCCCCGCCUACCUCCCUCCCUCCCCCCCCUCCCUCCUCUCCUCCCGACUUUUCUACAAUUUAAUCGGGACACGCGAUUAUCGAUGACUUCGAUGUUUAAAACAAGAGGCACGAUGUAAAAAACGUGAUCGUAUCGUACUCGUCGGACAAUUGCGGAAUAUAUAUAUAUAUAUUCAUUUGAAAUUAGUUUCAAAAAGGGAUACAAGUCGGAUAAGAAUAUAUAAGAAAAUUUCUUCGAUUUGUUUAGAGCUCGUUGAAAAGACGCAGAGAUGCUGUACAUCUUGGUGAAUUGGAAUUAAAAGGGUGUGAAAAAAAGGAAGCAAAAAUUGAGAUACUUUGUGUGUACAGUGUUGAAUGAAAUUUCAGAAUUUCUGCCGUGAAAUUUUUCUUUUCUUCUAGAAAAUAUAUAUAUAUAUCGUAUCGAUCGAUACGGAGAUUCCUUUUUUCCCUUUUUUUUACAAUUUAAAUUUUUUCCGAAAAUUUCAACAAAAUUCUUACUGUGGAAAACAACGACAUACGAACGAGAUACGCUUGUUCUUUCGAAUAAAUCAAACAAUUCCUCCUUUACUUAAGAAUCACAGUCCGACACUUGUAUAUCGCGAUCGUUAUUCUUUUUUUUUUUUUUAAAGUGACGAGGAUCUUUUUCGAAACACGACACGUUCCGCGAAAACAUUAAAAGACAGGGUAACAAGUCAUAUCGCAAUAUGCUUUUAAAACGAUUAAUUACUAAUCGUAACGUACAUCUAGGAGCCUUGCUGUUUGGCGCGAGUAGGUAUAUGUACCGUGGACAUUUUUCCCGUCGAUUCUUCAAUUUUCGAAGAAGAAGAAGAAGAAAAAAAACAAAAAAAAAGAAAAAAAAAAGAAAAAAAAGAAAACAAGAAAGGAAAACGAGUCGUUUUUUAAUUCUAUAUUUAAGAUGGAAACAAGGAAAACGAUUUAGCAUUUUACAUAUACAUACGUGUACAUAAUCGAUCGUCGAACGAAAAAUCGAUGAGAAAAAAUUACGUUUAUCUUUUUUUUUUUUUUUUUCCUAUCCGCGACAAGGUGAGAGAUGGAAGUUUGAUUUUUUUUAUUUCUCUUGGUCGUGUUCCAUUACGAUUUGCGCAUUCAUUCACGAUAUGAUCCCCUCGAAUCUCUAUAAUAAAAAAGAAGGAAAAAAAAAAAACUCGACUAAACUCUUUUUCAUGUACUCUGCGUGCCAAGUUGUACUUCGAAGCAACGUCUUUACGGACUCUUAAAAUAAAAAAAGAAAAAAAAAAAAAACGAAAAGACGAAACUACCGUUAUAUUGAGAUGCAUGUACAAUCCGGUAUGUCCUUGAAUUUAGCAGUAAGGAAACGAAUUUCUCGAAACUUUUUACUCGUGGAUAAAUCAGGUGUGAACCUUCGUGUACAUAUGUUCUACGUUUACGAUUAAUUACGAUUAAACGCGUAACCAGGUCGGUAUCGCGCGCGAUUCGAUGAUUCGUCGUUCGAAAUUCGUAAAAAAAAAUUUUGAAAAUUGGAGGGAAAUUUGUAUCUUUCUUUUCGAUCUUUUAUGUAUAUAGGCAACAGGUUACAAAAUGACGAACAAAGAAGGAAAUUGUUACGCUUUUGAUAAUUUUCUCCGCGUCAUCUUUCAUCAUCGAAUCAUCUCGCGCGGACCCCGCUCGUAUACUCGAUUCGAAUUUUCCGAAGAACGGAAGGCAAUGAAGAUAUUAAAAAAGGAAGAAAAAAGAAAAACCAUCGAAGUGGUCGCGUAUACCUACAUGCGUGAAAGAUUCUUGUGUAUAUAAUAUACAUAAUAUAGGCGCGUUAUUUAUUAUUUAAUUUAAUAAAACCCGCCGCGUGCAACGGCGACCAACUCGUUUCGAAAUGCUUGAUCGAGAGAGAGUGAGAGAGAAUGAGAGAGUGCGUGAAAGAGAGAGAGAGCCACGUAUUAACCGAAAAGAGAGAGAGAGAGAGAGAGAGAGAAAAAAAGGAAAGAUUUGUAUAAAGGAUUACGAGAACUACUAAUUAGUAUAAAUAAUUAACUAUUCGACAAUUAGAUUGAAUGUUCAAUAAUAAAUCUAAAUGAAGCCAAAAUGAAUUGUUAAUAAACUUUCAAUCUUACUCAUAAGUGUAUGCGUGAUCAGUUUUUAAAUCUGACUUUUCGUUCGUUUCGUCGUGAUCAUCGAUCAUGGUAAAUUCGAUAAUCGUUUUUCUUUUUUUUUCGCGGCCUGGGAAAAAAUUUACUCAUCUUUUCGUUCAUCUUCUUCUUAAAAUUCGUUAAAAUUGUACACUCGUAUUUUCGAAAGCUCUUAUUUUUUAUUCAUUAAUCGUUAGAAAAAAAAAAAAAAAAAGAAAAAGGAGAAAGAAGAAAACACGACACACAACACUUUUCAUCGAGGAAAAGACGAGAUUAAGAGAUUGUCAUUUUAUUUGAAAAAUAAAUCAGACACUUUUGUUUGUUGGAAAAAAGAAAAAAUGUUUCUCGAUCGAGGAGAAAAAUUCGGGUGCAUAGUUUUUAAUAUUAUUCGGGAUUAUACUUGAGAUUAUUCGAUCGAUACGGAUUCGUUGUAUUGAGCGAACGGGAUUUGGUCGGAGAGGAAAAGAAAGAGGAGAAUUCUGUAAAAUAUAAUUAAACGAAAUCUAAGCAAGAAGUAAUCCGAACACCAUUUAUGAGUAAGAGCGUAAUUGACGAACGAUAUAAUAAACGUAAUAAAGACAUAUCAUAAAAAGUAUUAGUCUAAUUUGCCUGAUAUUGUAGAAUUUAUAUGUAAAUAUGUUGCGUGCAACUUGGAACAACGUUCUGAGGCGAUGUAAAGUUUAAUGAAUUAUUUGAAAAGGUAUAUAGAGAAAAAUGGGGAGAAAGGAAAGGAAGAGAGGAAAAGGAAGAACAAAAGAAAGUAAAAGAGACGACCAUUAUGGUUAGUUAUCCUCGUUUAAUUCGUGUAAAGCUUUCCAUUCGAUUUCUAUUCGUCGUAGAACAGUUUCAUCAAUUUGUAUAUAAUCGAAGAAGAACCUUAAAUGUCCUUUGUAAAUUGUUAUGUAAUAAUUGACUACGCACUAGUUAAAUUCUAUUAUUCGCUUCUCGAGUAUAUACAUUUAUACUCUACGUACGUAUCGAUUUGAUUGACGGCGCAUUUACGUCGCGAAAGGAAAGUGAAUCGUUCGUGUCGCGUUUUAUGGUGCAAAGAAUUUUUCUAAAAUUCUGUCGAUCUAUAAUGUACGAUAGUUUCUACAUACGGGAUUUUUCAUUUCUUCAAGAACGAAACGAAUAUAUUUUGUUCGAUCUCGAUUCGAGACUCUUCCAAGAGUCAAAAAAAAAAAAAAGAAAGAAAGAAAGAAGGAAAGAAAGAAAGAAAGAAAGAAAAACGAAUCGGUGAACAAAUUUGUAGAUUACUAGUGUAAAGAGAAAGUUUAAAGAGGCGAAAAAAAAUUUUUUCUUAAAAAAAAGGGAAACGAAACGACUAGGUGAAAAAUGUUCUUAAAAAUGCACACAUACAUACAUACAUAUAUACAUACACACACGCACACACGUACACACACCAAAUUGCGCGCAAUGUAAGAGAAAGGAAAGGGAAAAGGAUUUUCCUCCAUACUGUACAUAUCAUGUGCCAUAACUCAUUUACUAUACUUUGUGUCCAACUUUGUUCCAAGUAUCUAUUCAAUUAUAAAUAUUAUAGUAUAAUAAAGUAAACCUUGAUGUUAUUGAUAAA